UCCUUCUCUGAGGGUGGCGAGCGCCUGUUGCAGCAGAAGCAGCCCGGGGGACAGGUCAACUCCAGCCGCUACAAGACGGAGCUGUGCCGCCCCUUUGAGGAGAACGGCGCCUGCAAAUACGGUGACAAGUGCCAGUUCGCCCAUGGCAUCCACGAGCUGCGGAGCCUCACCCGCCACCCCAAGUACAAGACCGAGCUCUGCCGCACUUUCCACACCAUCGGCUUCUGCUUCCCCAGCACUGCUGCCAGCGGGCUGCUGGACAGCCCCACUUCCAUCACCCCGCCGCCCAUGCUGAGUGCCGAUGACCUGCUAGGCUCCCCCACCUUGCCUGACUGCGCCAGCAACCCCUUCACCUUCUCCAGCCAGGAGCUGGUCAGUCUCUUUGCCCCCAGCAUGGGGGUGCAGGUGACCAGCGGGAGCUCCCCCACUACCUUCUUGUUCAGGCCCAUGUCCGAGUCCCCCAACAUGUUUGACUCGCCGCCUAGUCCUCAGGACUCCCUCUCUGACCAGGAGGGCUAUCUGAGCAGCUCCAGCAGCAGCCACAGCGGCUCAGAUUCCCCUAUCCUGGACACCUCAAGACGUCUUCCCAUCUUCAGCAGACUCUCCAUCUCCGACGACUAAUCUGGGGUUUCCUCUUGCUCCCCGCCACCUCUAUGACGAUGUUAAGCU